UGGAGAAGCUGAACAUUCUUAUUGGACUAAAUCCUGUUUGUGAGUCAGCAGCUUCCUCACUCGCUCGCGUGUGUGUGAACAGGACCCAUUUGCAGAGCGAGCGGCAGCUUGCUGCGUGGAUGCGCUGAGCUUUCCUCCACAUAUGUCGGUCCUGAUCUAAGCCACACCUGCUGUUAACCAGCACUCGAGGAGAGCGAGCGCUGCGUAGUCACAGGCUCAGCGGGCGCUGAGGCGAGCGGUCGCUGCCUCUCUCCUCCUCUCUCCUCCUCUCAUCUCCUCCCUCCACCAUCGCUCCCGUCGCGUCCCGAGGCAGCGUGGGAGAGGAGCCGCUCCGCCUCCUGACGGAGCCGUUGGCCAAAACGCUGACACGGCGCUGGAAGUAAACGGGAGGGAAGACGCGCCUGAGGAUUCCAGAUCAUUUGAACCGAGACUUUUGAUUUCCAGUCCAGGACUUGCGGAAUGGAUCUUAUGGCAUUUGAGGCGAACAGUCAGCAGAUAUUUCUACAUAGAAUGAAGAGCUGAAGCCACAUUUCCAGGAAACAGGUGGCGUCAGUGGGUUUAAAGCUCAACUCACCCCCUGCUGAGCUCCAGCAGGAGCAGCCGAGACCCGAACGCCCACAGCCUGCACACAUUACUGCAACCGGCCCAGUGGAUCAGGUGCUGAUUGCACGUUUCACUAUAAUUUAUUAACGCGCGUCCCGGAGCAGAAGACGCUGCGCGACGGGGAGACGAGUGCGCGGGCGUCGGGCAGCGGGGCAGAAGAUGCCAGCCCUCCUGGUGGCCUCCAAGAUGAAGUCGGGACUUCCCAAACCCAAGCCGGUGCACAGUGCUCUGCCCAUCCUCCAGAACCCCAGCCGGCCGGCGGCCCUAGCUCCGCCCCCGGCGCCGCUCAAGACCCAGGUCCCUGUGGCCCAGCAGGUGGGAGCGGAACCGGCGAGGGGCAGCGCUUCAGGUUCUGAGUCCAAACGGAACGCACAGAUCUACACGGACUGGGCCAACCACUACCUCGCCAGGUCGGGCCACAAGCGCCUCAUCAAGGACCUGCAGACAGACGUCGCCGACGGGGUGCUGCUGGCGGAGAUCAUCCAGGUCGUAGCCAACGAGAAGAUCGGCGACAUCAAUGGCUGCCCCAGAAGCCGGUCUCAGAUGAUCGAGAACAUUGAUGCCUGCCUCAGCUUCCUGGCAGCCAAAGGGAUCAACAUCCAGGGUCUGUCUGCAGAAGAGAUACGGAAUGGUAAUCUGAAGGCCAUCCUCGGCCUCUUCUUCAGCCUGUCCCGCUAUAAGCAGCAGCAGCAGCAGCAGCAGCAGGCUCAGAGGCACACCUCCCAGCCCCCUCUCCCAGCCAGCGCACACUCUCCCCUGAGCCAGCAGAGCAGCGCCCCGGCCCAGCUCGGCCACGCUCCGCAUGGGACGCCUGUCCUCACGGCCCAGAAAGCAGCGCAGGCUGAGAUGCAGUCCAGGGAUGGGUCUCAGGGUAAACUACUCAAGUUUUCCCUUGGUCAGAAAAAGACAUCUAGACUUCCUGGACCCACAGCGAGGGCGUCCACUGCCGGCAGUGACAUCCCUCCACGAGGCUCGGUCGGCGCCGCCGGGAACCGACGCAGCCAGGGCUUCAGCGACAAGGCCAAGGCCGGCUCACACCUGAGCAAAGAUUCCUCGGAGGCCGUGACCUCGCAGCCGUCUGUGGUGACUGAGAGUUCUGCGUCGCCUGCGCUGAACGCCGCCUCCUCUACCGGCAUCCCCUCCGCCCUGAACGCCCCCCCGGCGCUGUCGUCCUCCUCCACCGCCAUUCCUCAGCCCGGCGGCGGCGGCGGCAAGUCCUGGAGGAGCAAGUCGUCCAGCUCCAAGCACGCCCCCCCCUCCCCCUCCCCCUCCACCCCGCUGGCCGCCAUGCAGCCGCUCAGGCAGGAGAAGGACGCCUCCUGCAGAGCGGCUGCUCCCACCGAGGCGCCCCCUAAAGGCGGCGCCCAGAGGUCCAUGCUGGAGAAGCUCAAGCUGUUCAACAGCAAAGGCGGCUCCAAGUCGUCCACCUCCUCCUCCAACGGAGUCGGGCCGCAGACGGACGCUCCAAGGGGCCUCGUCGGGGCGGCGCUGGUGGAGAGAGCGGAAACCGGCUCCAACACCGACCCCCUGGAGGAGGAGGACGGCAACGUCCGGCCCGGAAUGAACGGGACCGGCAACGCCAUGACGGCGAGCAGCCCCAAGAUCGCCCUGAGGGGCAUCGCCCAACGCACCUUCAGCAGAGCUCUGACGGCCAAGAAGGGCUCUGUGAAAGGCCCGGAGAAGGACAAGGACAAGGACAAGGACAAGGGGAAGGGGAAGGAAGCGGGGAAACGCACCGCGCCUCCCGACAGGACAGAGCUGAAGGCUGAGGAGCUGAAGGAGGAAGCAGCACCAGCGCUGGACUCAGACAGCAACAAAAGAACCUCGAAAAUCGCCAGCUUCAUUCCAAAGGGGGCCAAAGUGGGCAAAAAGGAGAGUUCCACCCCUGCACACAGCGGAAUACCAAAGCCCGGAGGCAAAGCUCCGGGGCCGGGGGGGAGGGGCGAGAGGCCUCGCAGCAUGCGCUUAGGAGGCGGCCCGGCCGCGGCCCGCGGGCCCCUGGACCGGGACCGGGACCGCGACAGCAGGCACUCCAGCUCCACCUCCAGCCUGGCCUCCACCGAGGGCCGGAGCGGCACCACGCAGAGCACAGCCAGCAACACGGUGAGCGUUCAGCUACCUCAGACCCAGCAGCACCACAGCCACCCCAACACGGCCACCGUCGCCCCCUUCAUGUACAGAUCCCAAACAGACGGCGAGGGAACGGCGAACAGCGACAGCGGCUCUGGAGGCGGAGACGCCGGCUUCACCAAGAGCGUGCAGCCGGGCAUCGAGGAGCUGUCAGGAGAGGACCCGGAGACGCGGCGGCUGCGAACUGUCAAGAACAUAGCGGACCUGCGGCAGAACCUGGAGGAGACCAUGUCCAGCCUGCGAGGGACUCAGGUCUCACACAGCACCUUGGAGACCACUUUCGACGGCAACGUCACCACAGACGUCAGCGGCGGCGGCGGAAGCAACAGCGGUGGAGGAGGCCGCAGCAUCCUCAGCCUCACCGGCGCCAGGUCCUCCCUGUCGUCAUGGCGACUGGGCCAGUCCAGCCCUCGCCUGCAGGCGGGCGAUGCCCCGUCCGUGGGGAACGGCUACGGCGGCCGGGCGGGCGCCGGCCAGGGGGGGCGCUACCUGUACCCCGGGCACCUCCGGCGACAGCUGGCCAGCAGGGGAGGGGACCGGCCCGGGGAGGACCUGGACCUGGACGGCCUCGCCAUGGAGGUCACCGGGUACAUGAGCGACGGCGACGUGCUGAGCAAGAACGCCGUACGAGCCGACGACGUCACCAGCGGCUACAUGACUGACGGAGGCCUGGGUCUGUACACGCGGCGCCUGAACCGCAUGCCUGAAAGCAUGGCCGCCGUUCGAGAGACGCUCCAUCGCAACGCAUCGCCGGGACAGGGCGAUGCCGACAGUUGGGACGACAGCAGCUCCGUGAGCAGCGGCAUCAGUGACAACAUCGACACAGAUGACAUCAACACCAGUUCCUCCAUCUCCUCCUACGCCAACACACCUGCAGCGCAGCGCAAGGGCCCCAACGCACAGCCUGUGACAGAUGCAGAGAAGCACUCGGCCUCCACGGCCGUGCACCGGUCCUGGUCGGGAGACGAGGUGAAGAGGCCGGACGGCGGGUCGGACGGGGUCCGGAUGGAGCCGGGCUCCAAGUGGGGCCGCCGGAACCCCUCCGACAUCUCGGACGAGUCGGACAAGUGCGGCUCUGGGAGAAAGACCCCCUCCGUGUCUCAAACGGGCUCCUGGAGGAGAGGCAUGAGCGCUCAGGUGGGGGUGACCUCCCCCCGGACUAAAAGCACCAGCAGCACGGGCUCCGCGGGCUCUGGGAGCCUCAAGACCCACACUUCAGGGAAGACGGACGAUGUCAAAGUGUCAGAAAAGGGCCGCGUGUCUCCUCGGCCCAACGGCCUCCAUCACUCCCCUCCGGACGCAGGACGCGGCAGUGGCGACGAGUCCAAGAAGCAUCCGGGCCGCGCGCCGACGACCAACGCCCUCACGCACACGGCGUCGGACCCCCACCCGCCCACGCACAGCCUCACCUCCCGCACGCCCACCAGCACCUUCGGCUUCAAGAAGCCGGGCCCCGGGAUCAUGACCAUGGUCACCGCGAGCGGCGCCACCAUCACCAGCGGCUCGGCCACUCUGGGGAAGAUGCCCAAGUCCGGGGCGCGGGCGCUGGCGGGAGGCCUGAAGGCCGGCGCAGCGGACGGAGCGCCGGCACUGGGUCACCACGACGACGGCUUCCUCCCCAUGAGCGCCCGCUCCACGCUCCAGUACCGCAGCCUGCCGAGGCCCAGCCGCUCCGGAGCCGCCGCGCGCAACGGGAACCGCUCGUCCACCAGCAGCAUCGAGGCCGCCGUGCUGUCCGUCACGUCGCAGGCCAAGGGCUCCGCCCCCGUCUCCCGGGCCAACGGCUCCGGAGGCCUGCUGGCCAAUCAGACGGACCGGGAGAAGGGCGUGUCAGAGGCGGACGGCCUGCGGGGCGGCGGCGCGGCCACGGUUCCGCUCACGGGGAGGCAGCAGGUCUCGUCACCGACGCUUCGCAGGCUGUUCGGUGGGAAGCCCAGUAAACCGGCUCCGGUCACGACCGAGAACAUGAAGAACUCCACCGUCAUCUCCAACCCCCACGCCACCAUGAACCACGUGGCCACGGUGCUGGAGUCGCCCGACGGCGGGCCGGGCGCGGUGGACAGCGACACCAGCAGCCCCCUGUUCGGAGGCCGAGCCCUGGGAGGCGGAAUGGGCCCACUGGGCGAGGCCUCCAGCCCGGGCUCGGUCUACUCCUCCACGGGCCCCUCCAACAGCCUGACGUGGGGCACCACCUACAGCACGUCCUCGGCCCAGAGCCGCGAGAGCACCCUGGGGGGCCACGGCGUGGGCAGCGUGGGCUACCCGUCCGUCAGCAGCAUGCACACCAGCAGCGAGUCCAUCGACAUGAGCCUGGGCAGCACCGGCGGCGCCCACAGGGAGGACACGCUGGCCGCGCUGGGCCGGGCCGGCGCCGUGAAGACGGGCGCGUCCGAGAGUCCGCUCUCCUCCCCCUCCGCUAGCCCAAUAUUCAGCCGCAACACGCUGCCGCGGAAGCAGGACAGCGGGCCACACUGUGGUAGAAACACUCUGCCUAAGAAAGGACUCAGGUACGGCCCGUCUCCUCAGCUGCGAGGCCACGAGGAGGCGCGCGACUGGCUGCGCUCCCACUCCACCAGUGGCCUGCAGGACUCCACCAGUAACUCCCCCUUCUCGCCUGGCUCCAGCCUCACCUCCCCCUCUGGCACCCGCUUCAACUUCGGCCAGCUCGCAUCCAGUCCAACCUCAGGAGCUCAGAUCAACCUCGCUGCCCUGCGCAACAACAGUCUGACCAAUCAGGACGUGACCUUUGACCCCUGCGGUGACAAUCGGUUACGCAACUCGUGCAUGUCGCUCGACGAGAAGACUCGCACCAUGAGCCGCUCGGGCUCCUUCAGGGACGGCUUCGAGGAAGUUCACGGAUCGUCGCUGUCUCUGGUCUCCAGCACGUCCUCCAUUUACUCCACGAAUGAAGAGAAGUCUCAGUCGGAGAUCCGGAAGCUGCGCCGGGAGCUGGACGCCUCCCAAGAAAAGGUUUCCGCCCUGACAACACAGCUCAGUGCUAAUGCUCAUCUGGUGGCAGCGUUUGAGCAGAGUCUGGGCAACAUGACCAUUAGACUGAAGUCUCUCACCCUGACGGCGGAGCAGAAGGAUUCGGAGCUGAACGAGCUGAGGAAGACCAUCGAGCUGCUGAAGAAGCAGAACGCCGUGGCUCAGGCCGCCAUCAACGGCGUCAUCAACACGCCUGAGCUGACGCCGAGAGGCGACAGGACAGCCGGCAGCAACGGCAGCAACGGCAGCAACGGCAACGCGCAGCAGCACAAGCAGCCGCCCGACCUGCGCAUCCGCAGGCAGCACUCGUCCGACAGCGUCAGCAGCGUCGCCAGCGCCACCAGCCACUCCAGCGUGGGCUCCAACAUGGACGCCGACGCCAAGAACAAGAAGAAGAACAAGAAGAACUGGCUGCGAAGCUCCUUCAAGCAAGCGUUCAGCAAGAAGAAGUCUCCUAAAUCGGCCUCGUCCCACUCGGACAUCGAGGAGAUGACGGACUCGUCGCUGCCGUCGUCGCCCAAACUGCCCCACAACGGCACCGCCACCGCCGGCCACAUGCUCAGGAGCACGCACUCCAACGCGCUGUGCGUAUGUCGGUGCCGCGGGGACGAGCUGCAGUCUGUCCUGGGCCAGCGUUCAGAAGUGACGCCUUUGUUCGUCCUCAGGUUGUCUGAGUGUUUGGACGGAGAGGCGGAGACGGUGAUGCAGCUGCGGAGCGAGCUCCGCGAGAAGGAGAUGAAGCUGACCGACAUCCGCCUGGAGGCCCUCAGCUCGGCCCACCAGCUGGACCAGCUCCGGGAGGCCAUGAACCGCAUGCAGCUUGAGAUCGAGAAGCUGAAGGCGGAGAACGACCGUCUGAAGUUGGAGGGCAGCAGGACGGGCUCCCAGGUCUCCAUCUCAUCAUCUCCCCCGCCCCAAGCACAGAACCAGACACCAGGACCCGGACCGGGGCUCUCCCAGCACAGCCUCAACCUCACCACCAGCGAGUCCACCAGUCUGGACAUGCUGCUGGACGAUACAGGUGGAGAGGGAGGAGUGAGGAAGGAGGGAAGACACGUGAAAAUCGUCGUCAGCCUGGACGAGGAGGCAAAAUGGGGAGAGGAAGCGCAGACGCGUCACUUUCUGAUCGGCUGCAUCGGUGUGAGUGGCAAAACCAAGUGGGACGUCCUGGAUGGAGUGGUCCGGCGGCUUUUCAAGGAGUACGUUACGCACGUGGACCCCGUGAGUCAACUGGGCCUGAGCUCGGACAGCGUGGAGGGAUACAACAUCGGAGACGUCCACCGUCCCAGCAGCCCCAGCGCGGCUCACACCCCCGAGCUGCUGCCCUGCGGCUACCUGGUGGGAGACAGCAACACCAUCAGCAUACGGCUCAAAGGCGUGAGCAGCGACAGCGUGGACUCGUUGGUCUUCGACUCCCUGAUCCCCAAGCCGAUGCUGCAGCGCUACGUCUCGCUGCUGAAGGAGCACCGGCGCGUCAUCCUGUCGGGCCCCAGUGGCACAGGGAAGACCUACCUGGCCGCUCAGCUGUCCCGGCACCUGCUGCUGUCGGAGGGCCGGCCCUGGAGCCCGCACGCCGUCGUGACCUUCAAUGUGGACCACAAGUCCAGCAAGGAGCUGCGUCAGUACCUGACAGGUUUGGCUGAGCAGUGCAGCGGCGUCGCCGGGGCGGAGAGCCCCCUAGUGGUCAUCCUGGACAACCUGCACCACGUCAGCUCCCUGGGAGAGAUCUUCAACGGCCUCUUCAACUGCAGCUACCAGCACAGUCCCUAUAUCAUCGGCACCAUGAGCCAGGCAACGUCGUCCGCCCCCAACCUGCAGCUUCACCACAACUUCAGGUGGGUGCUGUGCGUCAACCACAUGGAGCCAGUGAAAGGCUUCCUCGGCCGCUUCCUGAGGAGGAAGCUGCUGGAGACGGAGAUCGGCAGCCGCACGCGCAGCACGGAGCUGGUGAAGAUCGUGGAGUGGAUCCCGCGCGUGUGGCACCACCUCAACCGCUUCCUGGAGACGCACAGCUCCUCCGACGUCACCAUCGGACCCCGUCUCUUCCUGUUGUGUCCCAUGGACGUGGAGGGAUCCAGGGUUUGGUUCACUGACCUCUGGAACUACUCCAUCAUCCCCUACAUGCUGGAGGCGGUGCGAGAAGGACUGCAGCUGUACGGCCGCAGGGCCGCGUGGGAGGACCCCGCCGCCUGGGUGAUCGACACCUACCCCUGGUCGGCCACGCCCACUGCGUCUGAUUGGCCUCCGCUGCUGCAGCUCCGCCCCGAGGACGUGGGCUUCGAUGGCUAUUCUGUGCCGAGAGAAGGAGUCAGGAAAGACCCACCGCAGAGCGACAGCGACGCAGACCCCCUGAUGAACAUGCUGAUGCGUCUGAAGGAAGCGGCGACGUCGUCCAGUCCGCAGAGCUACGACAGCGACUCCAACAGCACCAGCCACCAGGACGACAUCCUGGACUCGUCUCUAGAGUCGACCCUGUGACGACGUGGAGACGCAGAUCACUCGUCAGGAGCAACUCUGAGAGCUUGUUCCUCAGUGUAAUGUCCUGCCACAAACAUGCAGCCGCCUCGUUUGGGUGCAGGUAACCCAAAAUCAAAAGAAAAAAAAAACAGUUAGCUUCUGCGCUUCUGUUUGGGUUUUGUGUCUUUUCGUUUCACCGCUGUUGCCCAGAGCUCCUCCGCCGGGAGGACGUCCACUUCACAGACUGAAUAGAAGCACACGCUGUUGUUAAGGCGUCACCUUCAGAGCAUCACCAGCCGUCCUCAUUCAUUAACACCAGCCGCGCGUCCUCCAUCUGUCACCGAGGAGCAGCGUCGCCUCUGGCUCAUCGGGUCCUGAGAGCAACAGAGAAGCUGCUGCUGCUGCUGCUGCUGCUGCUGCUGCUGCUGCUGCUGCUGCUGCUGCUGCUGGAGGGACGGGUGGAGGCUCAGCCGGACUCUCUGUGCUGCUUCCCUGCAGCUGAAGCUGCCUGUGUCACUGGUGGAGGAUGAAAUGAGCCAAAGUGGGCGUUCGGACCUUCGACCUGCCCUCGUUUACCAACAUUUCCUACAGACUGUUCAUCUUUACCUCCCAAGCUUUAGACAUGGCCGAUCCAGGCCGUGUGAUCUAGAGUCCGCGUUUGAAACCAGUGGUGGAUAAAAAAAGCCUGCAGGUGGUUUAGAAAUGUUUUAUGCAGGAGUUGGCAAAGAAGUAGCAAAUGCAUUUCACAUAAAAGCACAAAGCUGAAAGUUGUCCUGACUCAACCUGCUGAAACGAGAACCUAAACAAAGGGUUCGUUGACCAACACAGCUAAUUAUAGAAACAAGGACAAAAAGUAAAGGUACGAAUGCGUAAAUGAACAUUCACCACAGCUGAAUUCAUCCAUUACUGUUUUUCAGUCAUUUUCCAUGUUGUGACUUCCUGUGUGUUUUAUAGAAAUAAUGCCUUCAUCACUUCUAAGUUCUCGCUUUAACCCCUUAAUAAUCCUGAGAACUCCAUGCACAUUGGCCCAAAAGGCUGUUGUAGCACAAACAUGUCACGGUGCUGGACUGACUCCAACAAUGCCUUACUCUUUUCUAACAUACGACGUGCAUUAACCGAUUCUUGUCUAAGUGGCUGUAAACCUAACAGGGCUGUGGGGGGACCGCCCCCUGGGGAGCGGCGGCCUCUCGUCAUAUCAGACACCGCUGCCAUGCGGGACGGAGGAGAAGUGAAUGAACGUUGAGCUCCAACCUGACUUAUAUGCAUGUACGACCCAGGUGUAAAUAUUCUGACCGUUACCAAGGAAGAAAACUAUAAAGGGGCGUUUCGGUGCUCGGAACCAGAACCUCUGUUCCGUGGGUCGAUUGCUUGAGGGAAAUUCUAAGAUGUGUUGAGUUUUAUACCUCAUCCUCAUCCUUCGCCUGUGCUUUUCCCCAUGAUCGAUGUCUGUCUGUGAUUUGUGAUGAAUGAACUAGCAAACCGAAUUAAGUGAAACGAGUGUAUAUGCUGCUUUGUUUAUAGUAAUAUAAUUAAUUGGAGGUUUAAGGUAUAAAGGUACUUGAAUGAUAAUUUAAAACAGUUUGACACCAUUUGUGUGUCUUAAAACUAUAAAGGAUAUACUUUUGCUGUGUGUGGGGCUUCUCCUGGUCCAAGCCCAGGUCAGCGCGGCGCCAUCGCUCUGUGUUUCUGUCACCGAGCCUAUGCAACCGUCAUUCUGAUCGUCCAACGGAAGCCAAAAACUGAGCACGUGGGAGGUUUCAGCACUGCGGCGGCGCGAAGCCUGGACCCACGCUGUGACCACCUGUACGUCCGUGGCCAGUGUUCUGUGCGUUUGUGUGCGUGUGUUCCAGAGUCGCCCCUGUCAUGGUACUUGUAAGCACAAAGAAACCCUCUGAGUGUUGGUUCUGCUGAGAGGUGUAGACGAUCUGUUAUUACUCACAAACUCAAAUGAAUGUUCAACCCCUUUUGACUCAUUUUUAGAUGUAACAUAACUUUGUAAAUAGUUUCUCGCAGUGUUUUGAUGACUUUUUCUAGCCGAAUUAUUACUGUACUUGAAAAGGAGUAUUUUGUGUAUAGUCUCUUUACAUCAGAGCAGACGGAGGAUGUUUGUCAUCACUGGUCUGUCCAGGGCUUGGAAUAUAAAAUCUGAUAUCACUGUACUAGUCUUAAGUUAUUGUGAUUCAAUAAAAUAAUGACUAUUUAUGA